CGAGCCAGUACCGCAAUGAUUUUCGGCGUUGUCAACGACAACGGAUAAACCGGAUUCAAUGGUAGGAUUACCGCCGCGUGUUAUUACUGACGAUAUGAAAUUUGAGUAAACACUAAACGUGUACUAUCAAAUUAAAAUGUCAUCGGCACACAUAAACACAGCACACGGUCGGUCUGAUAUUAUUCUUUAACAAGAGUCGAAAAUAAAACUGUGCUAGCGUGAAAUAUGGUGGUACGACUACAAGUUUCUGGCCACGUUGGGGAAAUAUGGAACUUUGAAGUAAAACACGGUAUCGCUUGAAUCGAAUAGAAUUGAGCGGUUGCUUAAUUUGCGACUACAAAUGGUGUGUUAAAAAUUUUGUAUUUUUAAGAUAUAUUUAAAAUAUAUAUAUCAUGGCAAGAGUUAGUGAUAUUUAUGGCAAUUCACAAACGUCUAGAAGCACGACGUUUUCCCAAGCACCAAGGACGAGAUACGAUGCAUUUCAGCACCCAAGGAGACUAGAAUUAUACAUUCGCUGUACGGAGUUGAGUCAGAUCGAUCAUUUCAGCAAAAGCGACCCACUGUGCGUGUUAUUUAUGAAGAAAAUGGGGCAAUGGUGCGAAUAUGGCCGCACGGAAUCGAUCCCGAAUAAUCUUAACCCAAGGGUGAGUUGCUAGUGUUUUAAAUUUUAAGUUUCGCUUGAAUGGUCAUUGCUCUGUCACCGGUUUCGUUUAUUUACAUUGGUUGAUUGCGACGGGCCAGGCCCAGGGCUCUCUUGCACGCGAUUUGAUUUGAUUUGUACUGACGUCGCACAGCUGAGGAAAAUAUUUCAUUUUCUGAGAUAGCCAAGUGAACUGUAAAUCAACACUAACGCAGUAACGCCUGUAUUCUAAAACUCACUCACACUCAAAGAGUGGAGCUCGAGGUUCAAUCUGAGCUUCCCUUGAGUAUCAGUGCUGUUUGAAUGGCUGGAGGGUUAGUGUCGUACCUUACUAUGUGACUACUACAAACCCUCCAGGUAUUCAAAAACAGCACUGACACUCAAGAGAAGCUGAGAUUGAACCUCCACUCUUGGAGUGUGAGCUUUUAGAAUACAGGCCUAAGACGCUAAAACUGUGCAAACCCUAAAAAGUUGUCAAACUGAACGUCAUGCUAUAUUUUAACAGAAAAAAUCUAUUUCAGUGCAAUUUCAGUUAUAAUAAUGCUUUUAGGAAUCUAACAUCAAACUCCCGAAAGUAAAUUUACGGAUGCCAGUAAAGGGCACUACGUCUAAGAGCAGAACAUUGAACAAGUUACAAGAGGCAAGCGCCAAUUUCCGUGGCAACGAUUUAAAAUUUCGGUUCUCCGCUCCGUUUUCUAGACAGAAUAUAGUUAAAACACGGAGAAUUCAAAAUGGCGACCGAAAAUGGCGUCGAAUGAAUAUAAAGCGAACUUGCAAUAUAACAGCCACCUUUAUGGAACGAUAAGCUUGAUUCUUAACAAUUUUUUUAUCGUUUAGUUUUGGCAAAGUAUCGAACUCGAAGCAGGAGGUGCAGAUAAUCUGCCUAUGAAAUUCACCCUUUACGACUUGGCUAACUUCACUAGCAAGGACCUACGUAAACAUGACGUCAUAGGCUCAGUGGAACUAGAGCUCAGGACUUUGCUAGAAGACGCGCGGCCAUUUGUGGGAGAAUUGCACCUGCCGGGUGACAUGAGGACACGAGGGUACAUUUAUGUACAUGUGAGGGACAUCAAGGACACGAAGAGCAAACUGAGGUUGCAGGUUAAAGGAUCAAAGUUGACAAAGAGGGGCAUGUUUGCAAAGUGCAACGCGUAUUUUGAGGUUUGUUGUAAGAUGGGGAAAGGGGGAAAGGAGGAAUUUCAUCCAGUGUACAGAUCACAGGUCGUGUCGCGCAGCCAGGAACCAAGGUUGGUCAAAUUUAGCGAAUGUUGAUUGGUACAUAUAUUAUUCAGCUCACUCCCUAACGGUGCUUUUCAGUGACCAAUUACAUCAAGUAUUACGCUUACUUGUAUUACCAUUUAGGAUUCCAUUUUCAUGUCACGCAGUCACGAAAUAUGAUUGAUUAGGAGGUUAGAGUUAGGGAUGGGGAUUGGGUGAGGUUUCGUGAUUGUGUGACAUGAAACGACAUAACCCAACUUAGCCUAGACUAAUUAUCUUUACAACCAUUGUGAUAUUACUUUCUUAACUAUGUUUAUCCUAACCCAUCCUGUCAACUUUCCCUGUGGGAGGAAACCAGAGCACCCGGAGAAAACCCACGACUUUCGGCAGAGCGUUGACUGACUCUUUUCACAUGAGUCCGUAGCGAGAAUCCAACCCACGAACUCAGAGACAGGGGUGAAAGGCGCUUACUUUGACGAUUGCUUCACCGACUGCGCCACUGCAUUCUGUUUACUCUUCCAGGCAAAGCAAGACAACCUUGUGCUAAUUUCUCUUCCAAUUUGCAUCCGAAUUUAACCAAAAUUCCAUGUCCAUUAAUCGCACAGAUUUUCGUGUUAGGAGGCAAUUUUUUUCAAUGUCGCGUAUUUGCAAUGAAAAGUGUUCAACUGACCUAAAAUCUUUUUGGCGUUCCUCUCAAAAUUACUUUGUUUUAGCUUUAUUCUCUAGUUUAUAGAGUUAGCUACCUUUAUAAAUGCAUCUGCCGGUUGAGAAACUUAAAAUAAUAGUUAAAAAUUGUCAAUUAAAAUACAAUUAUCAAUGAUGCUUUAAAAUUGCGCCAUAUUUACAGCCAUAUAAGCAAAACUUACUGAACUUCAGACAUCAUUUUCUCUUUGGCGUAUCAUCUAAAAUCUCUUCAUUUUAGCAUUAUUUUACAGAUAAAUCACUAAACAUACUUUUUAAGUUUGUUUGCCGAUUGUGAAACGUAUCCAAAAAUAAAAAUUUUGAAUUUAGUCAUAACCUCAAGUGAUAUAUUAUAUACGCAUUAGUUUUGAGCGCGUGUUACGUAACAUACAAAAAAAAAACCUCUUAAUACGUUUGAUAUUUUUUAAGUUAUCGCCCUGACAGACACACAGGACAUUACUUGUUGCCGUGAACUUACCAUCUUUAAAGUGCAACUAACCCCAAAUAUAAUUUUUGGUAUGUGUAAUAUUUGGGUCAUUCUGAGAAGAAAUGCCGUAAUGUAUCUUUAUAGUAAAAAACCUCAUCUUGAUCAACUUUUUCACUGUCAAAGUUUCCAGAUAUGAUGUCGUUAGGUGAAUUUUUGGUACAAAAAAAAACAAAGGAAAACUAAUUUGAAAUUCAUCUAAUGACAUCAUAUCCGCAAACUUUGACAGUGAAAAAGUUGACCAAGAUGGGAUUUUUUAUUAUAAAGAUAUAUGACGUUUCUUCUUCGAAUCACCCAAAUAUUACACAUACCAAAAAUCGUAUCAGUGGUUAGUCGCACUUUAAUAAGUGACGUUUUUCAACAAACUUUUCAGAUGGCAGCCGGGUGACAUACCUCUACACAAGUUGUGCGAUGAUAAUGAUAACGAAACAGACGUUCUUCUUCAAUGUUGGCAUUUUAUACAAGACGGCGGAGAUGAUCUAAUAGGAGAAGCUCGAUGCUCAUUAAACGAUCUUUUAAAACGGUAAGAAGGCGUUCGACCUUUUGCUUGUUUACUCCGAGGAUUUUACUGCGGUAUAUUCAUUUACUACAUGUAUUCCGCGUAGAUGCUGUCCUAAAAUUCUCCCAUCAUUUUCAUUGUCAUCUAACGUCGUUAAUAUUUGCUCUGGUUAAAAUUUUCUCUGGUUAAAAGGUUCAAAAAAUAGUUAUUAAAAUAUCUAGUUAAUUAACCCAUUCAGUGCAUGGUAGCACUCCCGCUGACGAGUAAAAUUGUCUGGCGUUAGAGAGAGUAAAAUAAUAAAGUAAGGUGCAUCAUAUAUGGACUUCAAUGAUUUGGAUUCUUGCACUUCACUUCAUGACAUGAGCACGCUCAUAUAUACGUGCCGAAAUCCUGUAAUAUUAUCGUCAGCAUGCAUACUGGAUGAUUUUCGUGUGCACAGAACCGAACAUUGGUAUGCUCAUGAUCACGCCCGUAUAUCUACCAGAAUCUUGUAAUGUGUUCAUGAGCGUGCUUAUGAGCAUACUGCAUGAUUUUAAUAAUAAUAAUAAUAAAUUUACAUUUAUAUAGCGCUAUUCCUAAGUAUGUAUAGGACCGUGUGCCUAUAGGACCGUGUGCAUACCGAUAUUGGUAUUUUCAUGAGCACGCUCAUAUUUGUACCAAAAUCCUGUAAUAUGCUCGUCUGCAUGCUUAUGAGCACACUGCAUGACUUUCGUAUGUAUAGGACCGUGUGCUUAUGAGCAUACCGACAUUGGUAUUCUCAUCAGCACGCCCAUAUUUGUACCGAAAUCCUGUAAUAUGCGUGUGAGCAUGCUUAUGAACAUACUGCAUGACUUUCGUAUGUAUAGGAACGUGUGCUUAUGAGCAUACCGAUAUUGGUAUUCUCAUGAGCACGCCCAUAUUUGUACCGAAAUCCUGUAAUAUGCACGUCAGCAUGCUUAUGAGCACACUGCAUGACUUUCGUAUGUAUAGGAGCGUGUUGCUUAUGAGCAAACCGAUAUUGCUAUUCUGAUGAACACGCUCCGACAGUAUAUAUAACGGAACCCUGUUAUGUGCUCAUCAGAAUGCUUAUGAGUAUACUGUAUGAUUUUGUGUGUACUGUAUAUAGGAGUGUGUGCUUAUGAGCAUCUUGCUCGGCAUCUUAUUUUCCCAUUUUUAAUUCUCUUGAAUCACACCAAGUCUUUUUGUAGAGAUCACAAAGUCAUUCAACUGUAUCCACAACAGCAAGCGAAAUCAAAGAAGCCAAAAUCUUCUGGGAGUCUAAAGAUAUUGCAAUGCUGCAUUGACCGGCAGUAUAACGUAUCGGACUUUGUUCGCGGGGGAUGUGACAUGAAAUUUGUGUGCGCGGUUGAUUUUACCUUGUCCAAUGGGAACCCUAAAGACAGUUACUCAUUACAUAGUAUGUUGAGUGAGCACGUAAGUUUUUAUUAUAUUAUUGCUUCUCGCAAUGUAAUUAUCACAACGUAUAGUUUGCAGUGCCAUAUAGUAGUCAAUGUAAUGAAUUUCUGCAAUAUAUACAGUUGUUUGAUUAUAAAUUUUACCUCAGUCAUAUAUGCAUGGGAAGAGUGCUUCUAGUUUGACUCUACCAAACGCCGCAGGCUUUUUCCAAUUCCACACAAUCCUGCUUCCUCCCUUUGUAACACUGGAUCAAUAAGAGAUGAUUUUUACUGGACCUCUAGGAAGAACAUUUUAGAACUGAUAGAGCUAUCGAGUAUAAAUAAAGUUAGUUUAGUUUAGGUUUCCUCCUGUAGUAACACUGGAUCAAUAAGAGAUGAUCCUUACUGGACCUCUAGGAAGAACAGUUUAGAACUGAUAGAGCUAUCUAGUAUAAAUAAAGUUAGUUUAGUUUUGGUUUCCUCCUGUAGUAACACUGAAUCAAUAAGAGAUGACCUUCAGUUUUGAAGGAGCUAUCCUGUAUAAAUAAAGUUAGUUUAGUUUAGGUUGCAAUAGUGUUAAAUGAUUUUAGUAUAAUCAAAUUUCGAUUCAUGAUAGAAUUGAUUUUACAGUUGUGCUUUACUAAUUACAAUAUAUUCAAAUAGAACGAAUAUCUCGAGGCGCUACGAUCACUCGGCUCAGUCCUCUCGUACUACUGCCUCGACAAACGGUAUCCCGUGUUCGGAUUUGGAUCACGGUUACCUGGUGAUGACGUCAUCUCUCAUUGUUUUUCGCUGAAUGAAAAAGAGGAUUUGCCACAAAUCGAAGGCUUAGAGGUACUGUGAUGAUUCGAUACUUGUAGCCACGAUGUAUAAUAGCCAUGGUUUUAAAUUCAGGGAAAGAUUUCUACCAAUCGAUCAUAAGUUGUUGGGCUUACAGUGGGACAUGCGUGCUAUGGUUUCCUGCAACUGUUUAACAUUCUUUCGAGCGGUGUCGCGUGCUUUACAUGAUAUUUCAAACCCGACUAUGAGGACUCGACUAGAUUUCAAGUCCGCGUAAUUUGAUCCGAGGCGAAGCCAAGGACUUGAAAUCUAGUCCAGUCCGAAUUGGAGAAUUUAAAAUGACAUUUCUUUCGAAUAAAUCACUACUUAAAUGAAUUAAUUUUCAUCCAGUCCAAGGACUUAGUUAAUUUUCAUCCAGUCAUAUACCCAGUCCUUUUGAUCAGUAUUAUCAUGUGAGCAUAGAAUAAAGAUCUAUAUAGAAGGGCCACUUACGUCCGAAGCUUUGAAGUUUCUGUCCUCGCGCAUGUCGCAUUACGCAUGUUGGCCGCCAUUUUCCUAGCCAGUCAAUGACAUUUUCUGGCCAAUAAACACGCUGUACUGGCUGGCUGCUCCGCCUUCUGGCCAGUAAACUGCAUAUGUUUGCAUAAAAAAACGAGAACACGUUGUACCACUGAGUGGCCCUUCUGUUACUGAUCUUUAUUCUGUGAUGUGAGCAAAAUAAAAUAUGGUUGGCUAAUUCACUCAUGAAUUAUUAAUGAGUUUGAGAUUUUUUUUCGCCCCCGGCUUGCAUAUUGCAGGAGACCCUGCACAGGUAUUUUUGACAUGUAAACCUUUCUUCGUUACCAGGGAAUCAUCGAGGCAUAUCUACACCGUAUUCAAACCCUCACGUUUGCAGGACCAACAUUCUUGGCACCAGUCCUUCGUCGAAUACUGCGCAAUCACGUGCCUGUCUCGAGCCAGUCCUCUCAAUGCUACGUGACCGUUUUAAUAUUACUGGAUGGCAUAGUGAAUGAUUUAGAUGAAUUACUGCCUGAAGUCCACAAAGCCAUGGAACUGCCUCUGUCCAUUGUCAUCGCUGGUGUUGGUCCCAGCAGUUUCCAUUCAAUGGUAAUUCCAACAAUUAGUUUGACAUCUUUUACUGCACUUUCUUCUUGAUCUGUAAAUUAAGCGGUCACCCUCAGGGAUUUGGCAAGUGACCGCUUAAUACAGGGUGACCGCCCAAUGUAGGUCCACGUACCAUGGUUAGAAAUGGCGUUAUUGAUUCUUAAUAUCAGCAAGAACUGAACAUGACGACAAAUAGAAAAUGACAGAGCCGUGUGGUCGUUGUGACGUCUAUUAUAAGCGGACACGGCAAAAAAUUCUGACUAGAAUACAAUCAAAAUACUGAGUAAAUCAAUGCACCCAUAAUUACUUUUAAUUGUGACUCGUGAAAAAAUGUGUUAAAAGUACUUAAUCUGUACGCAUUUACUCAAAAAAAGAGUACUAGUUACUCAAGAAAAAUGCACCAAUAGUGACUGCUUAUUCUGAGUAAACGAGUUCUAUACUCAAACGUUGAGUAAUUUCCUUAAAUAUGAGUCGACGCGGUCACAUUUCACACAGUGCAAAACAUAAUUUUUCAUUGUGUUGCGAAAUACUGUAUUAAAUGGUCGCCGGUAAGAAAUGGAAUCCUGUGAUGCAUUGUGGGAAUGUGCACAAUUUAAUGGACAUGGAGAACUUUUGCUAGCCAUAUCAUAAGGAAUUGAUUUGUUGAGCCAAAUAAAACCGUUUAAUAAAGGUCACGUCAACUGAAAUUACAUUGGGAUUUUAUCAAAUGUCUGCUUAAUAAAGGGUGAUCGCUCAAUGCGGUACCGCUUAAUACAGGUUUGACUGUAAUCCGUUGUUAAACAGACUACUAGGUACCACGCCUUUUCAGGGAUUCGAUUCUAAAUUUGAUGUUAGCACACUAUGAAUGCCAGAAUUCAGAAAUGAAAAGCCAUUUCGUUUUCAUUCCAGAAAGAUAUUUGUAGCAACAAGAAGAAUGCCACAAGAUGGAAUCUUCAUUUCGUUGCCGUGAGAUCAAACAACAGCAAACACAUAUCACGGGGAAAGGUAAGCCACAACUCUUUCGCGUACGAGACCAAUCCGACAGGCCUUUGGAAAAUUUCGACGUUUCGAACGCAGCCCCUAUCUCGGGCGAAGGCCCUCCGUCUAUUAACUUUCCGGCCUUCGCUCGAAACAUCGAAGUUCUCCUUGUAAUUUUCAGCUCGUUGUCAUCCAGGAACGUAUAGCGAAGCAUCUGAAGUUGGAAGGUGUCGGAGGAUUUUACCUGAAAUUUGAACUUAAAUUCAAUGUUAAAAAAUUACCAUUGUCAUUGAUUUCAAAUGUGAUACUGUGUUUCUGAAGAAAAAGGGGUUAAUUGAACCUCCAGGAUUGCAUUUCUGGCGUUCUCUAAAGUAAAUUCGCAAACGACUGAAUUGGAUCCAACUUAGCUUAUUAUGCAACUUUUACCUGAAAAUGUCAAAAUUUUAACUUGAAUUUAUCUGAUUUCUACCCGAGGAACCCCCAGUCCUUACGUCCCACGUUGCAUUCCUGUCAAUCCACAACUUUCGGCCUACUGUCUUCGGGGGCCAAGGUCUCCUUUAUUAUGUUCAACAUUGUGCGACAUUGGCAAUUUUCAAAGAAACGUAUGCGUCGCUUGGUGAAACUGGGCGAAAUUAGUCGAUAUUAGUGGAGGAAUUCGUCCACAAGUUGAAUCGUUAUCCCGAAGACAGGUUGAAUGGUACGGUUAUCCCGAAGACAGUUACCGGCAUAACCAUCCAGGUUAGGCCUAUACAUUCGGCCACGGUUAACGUGGCCGAACAUAUUCAACGCCAUAAACAUCUAAGUUGAAUGUUUAUGCCGAAAAUAUUCAACGGCAUAAAUAUCUAUUAAAGUUGAAUGGUUAUGCCGAAGACAGUCAUCGGCAUAACCAUCCAGGUUGAAUGUUUAUGACCGUUUAUGCCGAACAUGUUCGACGGCAUAAUCAUCCAAGUUGAAUGGUUAUGCCGAAGACAGUCCGCGGCAUAACCAUCGAUCCGAGUUGAGUGGAUAUGAAGACAGCCAACGGCAUAACCAUCCAAUGGUUAUGUCGAAGAUAAUCAGCGGCAUAACCAUCCAAGUUGAAUGGUUAUGCGGUCAACGGUCAUAUGUUCGGCAUAAGCAUUCGACUUAGAUGUUUAUGCCGUUGAAUAUGUUCAGGCCUACUUUGGAGGCGAAGGUCGACGUUAUUAUAUGCAACAUUGUGCGACAUUGGCAAUUUUCACGUGGGCGACAUUAGGCGAAAUUAGGCGACCUUGGCCCCCAAAGUAGGCCUAGGCUUUCUUAUUAUAAGCACAAUCUACAUUAGCAGAGACCGUUUUAAUCGGAAUGUUUUUGGAGUGUUGUAGAAAUAAUUCAAUGAUUUUUUCGCAGGUUCGGGACAUCAGUGCUCAAGUCUGCCGAGACUUUAUCACAUACAUGAGACUAAAAAACAUUCAUCCUAACCCCGCGAAAGCAGUGAAGAUUAAACCUCUUUACGAGUCCCUGGAACUGGACUCAGCCGCUGACAGAAAGAUCAUGGCAAGGUCAUUGUCACAGAUAAACGAUAUGAAGUCAUGUUGCCCUUCUUGUGGCUCAAGUAUUACCAAAGUUUUCCCGGGAGUUUAAUCUUGGCAAGGUAUAUGUUUGGAUAAAAUUAUUUUUAUAUUAUGUAAAGUAAUGGUAUGGGUGCCAGACUUUUAUAGAGCGGUUUAAAGGGAUAAAUAUAUGUUAUAUUGCAUUCAAAACACAACAAAUUUAUCUGAAUAAGAGGGGUUUUUUUCCAAUUUGACUGGUACUAUUUUUAAGCGAUUUGGUUGUACAAGACCAAAUAUAUGACUCGGCAAAGCCACAGUCACCACUGACCGAUAUUAUCAGUGCGGGCGCCACAGUCACCACUGACCGAUAUUAUCAUUGCGGGCGCAAGGUAAUUUUACUCAUGAAAAUAAACUUGUUCUCUAAACUCUAGCUUUAUUUUUGAGGGAUGCUAAAAUCUCUGUUAACUUUUUACAAACGGUAAAAGUUUAAUAGAAAGUUUUUAAAGGUCCUUCGCUAGUUCGAAUUCUCAGAUUCAAAAUGAAUCUGUGACCUCAGUUCUUGGUUGUUUUAACCAAUUUUUUUCCGGUGCUUAUAGGGCUUAAUCUGGCUUGAAAAGAUUCAUCUUUGAAGACUAAAAUCGUUUAUCGAGGGCGACGUUGGCAUAUAGUAAAAUAGUGUAUGCACAAGACCAGUUAAUAACAUAAAAAGCUGAUGAACGGGUAAUCCAAAAAAUGAAAAGAUAUUUAUAAAAUUUAUUUUUAAACAACGAGGAAAUCCUAUAAUUUUUUUAUUGAAACAAGAAGAUUGAAAUAUAUGACCAAAAACAAUUGUUUACAUCACAAAAUAAGCAAAAAUCUAUCUUUAAGCCCUUGCACCUUCGGAAACCUGGAAACAUCAACGUUUCCGUGACAAAAGUCGCAUUUGAGCCAAGCGAAUUAUGUUUCAGAAUUUCUUCGAAACAUUCUGGCUUCUCGGAAACAAAUUUUCUUUCUGCAAUAGUAUUUUCAGUGGCGGUAAAACGUGACAAAAUGUUGGAAACAUAGUUUUUCAGAAACGCUUCCCAGGUUGUCCAUCAUGGCGUUAGGGCUCUAAGUAUUACGCCCGGAUAAAACGAGGAUGAGAGUGCGUGAGAUUUGGCAGUCACGUGACCUUGGUUAGCUGUUCUUAAAGUGCACCUAACCUCGAUUAUUUUAACAUCUCAUUCCUAAGAACCUUUGAAAUGAUAUUGUAACUUAUUUUGAAGAUUUUCGUUUGCACACCUUGAUAUCCGAAACUUACGUCACAUAUAUGAAUAGUCGGACUGAUCAGAGAAUGUAAGGUAUCAUGAACCAAAAGGGCUGAAUGGUGUUUUACAUAGGAAUGUAUAGUCCUCCCACAACUCCAAACUUUAUUUUAAUGAAUUAAAACUUGAUAGUGAAUGUGAUACACAAGCAUUUGCUUUAUAUUAUUAUACAUUUGUGACGUGAAUUCCGUAUAUUUGCAUAUCAAACAAACUGAAAUAUCUCAGGAACAAAGUGAGCAAACGAAAAUCUUCAAAAUAAGUUAUUAUAUCAUUUCAGAAGUUCUUAAGAAUGAGAUGAUAAAAUAAUUCUGGUUAAUAGGUGCAACUGAGUGCUUUUCCAACACUAUCGUGUAUUCUAUUUAAGUUGAAACAUAGUUGGAACAAACCUUUAUUUUGUUUGACCGUAAAAUGUCCCCCGUAAGAAUCUGUGACUGCCAACUCCCAUCAACCCUCGUCCUCGUUUGAUCGGGGCUUUAAUCAUGCAUUAGACGCGGAUACGAUUUCUCAAACGAUUAGAAGAUCUUCGGCUGUGCUUCGCCAAUAGUUUCAGAAUAUCGCCAUAAAUCAAUGCGGGCGCGUCUUUGCCGGCAAUGAAAUCCAAGUGAUCCCAAGCUACGAUUUCCUUUUUGUAAACAAUAUGUUUGUGUUGUGCGAUAAUCAUGUUUACAUCUUUCACAUCCGCCAGCCAGUCGUUCCCCCCGUAAAAUAAAGCUGUUGGAACAUUCACGGAUGAUAGAUGGUAAGAUGGUGGCGUGUCCUGG